UUUUCGGACUAUAAAAGACGAUGUGUGGGCAGUAAGGGUUUCAAUCUAUCUCCGCCGACGCAGCGAGAAUCCGAGCGCAGAGCCUCUGUUCCUCCAAUCGAGUCAUCGUAUUUUCUCUUUAAGAAUCAGCAAUGGGAAAAGAGAAGGUUCACAUCAAUAUUGUGGUCAUUGGUCAUGUCGACUCUGGGAAAUCGACCACCACUGGUCACCUUAUAUACAAGCUCGGUGGUAUUGAUAAGCGUGUGAUCGAGAGGUUUGAAAAGGAAGCCGCUGAGAUGAACAAAAGAUCAUUCAAGUAUGCAUGGGUCCUCGACAAGCUCAAAGCCGAGCGCGAACGUGGUAUUACCAUUGAUAUCGCAUUGUGGAAGUUCGAAACCACGAAAUACUAUUGUACUGUCAUUGAUGCUCCCGGACAUCGUGAUUUCAUCAAAAACAUGAUCACUGGCACCUCUCAAGCAGAUUGUGCAGUCCUUAUUAUCGACUCUACCACUGGAGGCUUUGAAGCAGGUAUUUCCAAGGACGGACAGACUCGCGAACACGCCCUUCUUGCUUUCACUCUUGGUGUCAAACAGAUGAUUUGUUGCUGCAACAAGAUGGAUGCAACCACACCCAAGUACUCAAAAGCAAGGUAUGAUGAGAUUGUGAAGGAGGUUUCUUCCUAUCUCAAGAAGGUUGGUUACAAUCCUGACAAGAUCCCAUUUGUACCGAUCUCCGGAUUUGAAGGCGACAACAUGAUUGAGAGAUCAAACAACCUCGACUGGUACAAGGGUCCGACUCUUCUCGAAGCCCUGGACUUGAUCCAAGAGCCGAAACGCCCAACCGAUAAGCCACUUCGUCUUCCUCUCCAGGAUGUCUACAAAAUUGGCGGUAUUGGAACUGUUCCCGUUGGCCGAGUUGAGACUGGUAUCCUCAAGCCUGGAAUGGUCGUUGCCUUCGGACCUACUGGACUCACAACUGAAGUAAAGUCCGUUGAGAUGCACCAUGAAGCACUUCAGGAAGCUCUUCCUGGUGAUAAUGUUGGCUUCAAUGUUAAGAAUGUUGCUGUCAAAGACUUGAAACGUGGGUUCGUGGCUUCUAAUUCCAAGGAUGAUCCUGCAAAGGAAGCAGCCAAUUUCACUUCUCAGGUCAUCAUCAUGAACCAUCCUGGUCAGAUUGGAAAUGGCUAUGCUCCAGUUCUCGAUUGCCACACCUCGCACAUCGCCGUCAAAUUCGCCGAGAUCUUAACCAAGAUUGAUAGGCGGUCUGGCAAGGAGCUUGAGAAGGAACCAAAGUUCCUGAAGAAUGGAGAUGCUGGUUUUGUGAAGAUGGUUCCUACUAAGCCUAUGGUUGUCGAGACUUUCUCCGAGUAUCCGCCGCUUGGAAGGUUUGCGGUCAGGGACAUGAGGCAGACUGUUGCAGUCGGCGUCAUCAAGAGUGUUGAGAAGAAGGAUCCAACUGGAGCUAAGGUCACUAAAUCUGCUGCCAAGAAGAAAUGAAUUGUGCGUUGUUGUUUGAAUAAGUACGAGUUUGAGUCGAUCGACUUGGUAUCUGGUGUUUGGAUGCAAAACUGGGUGCUUGACAGGCGGUGGCACUGCUCGUUUCAGUUAUGUUUUAAUUGUUUGUGUUUUUUCUUUUCCGUUUGUUGAAAGAGUACUUUUUCUCUACUACUAUGGAUUGGUGAUUGGUGAAGGUGCAGUAUUUAUUUUACCUAUUUUCUGUGAGAAACUAUUGUUGUUUGAAUUGAAUUUCAAGUUAUUUGAGUUU